UUACAACGUUUUUAGAUUGGUGGGAGGCGACGGUCGGGUAUUGGUGGAAGCGUUCCGCAGUGUUCCGUCAUUCCCGUGUUGUUGUGGCCAUCGACGACUGCGGUAACACGGUGGAAUAUAUACUGGGGCCCAACAUUUCUUUCCUCCAGCAGUAGUGCAAUCUCAAGUCUGCAGGAGACGGAUACGUUGCAGUACCGCUUUUUCAAGGCUACUUCGAUGGCGAACUACCCUGGCCAGCAGCCAAGUGGCGGUCUGGAUCCUAAGGCUGCUACAUGGUUCCGAACAGUGGACCGGGACAACUCGGGCCGCAUAACUGCGCAGGAACUGCAGCAGGCGCUCUCCUCUGGCAACUGGCAGAAGUUUGACAUCUCAUGCUGCAGGAUGAUGAUUCGGAUGUUUGACAAGGACGGAAACGAUACUGUCGACAUAAACGAAUUUGGCCAUCUGUUCAACUAUGUCAAUGCCUGGAUCUCAGCAUUCCAGAAGUAUGACACUAACAAGUCGUCGAGCGUAGAUGCCAAAGAGCUGCAGCAAGCCUUCGCCGAGAUGGGCUACCGCCUGUCACCGGCCUUCGCUGAAAGCGUGCUGAAGAAGUACGACGUGAACAAGUCCGGCCAGAUCACCGUCGACCACUUCAUCCUGUCGUGCAUCCAGCUGCAGAACCUGACGAACGCCUUCCGUGCGCGAGACUCCGCCAUGAAGGGCAUGAUCCAGAUCGGCUUCGAGGACUUCCUGUCCACGUGCUUCAAGUGCACGGCGUGACCGGCCUGACACGGGAGCGGGAGCGCGGGAGCCGGCCGGGUGGUGCGGGCUCCCGCCGCGGUGCGGACAGAUCUGAAGGCGCAUCGGGAGUUCGUGGCCGCGUUACCCUGCUCAUGAGCAUUGGCUCUUGGAACUUCGCCUGAGUGGAGACGACCAUGCGAGAUCCGGUUUAGUGAUUUGGGCGUUUCUCAUGCAGUUUUUUGUUUCGCUACAGGCGGGCCUUCCGCUUUGUAUGCUGGGCGUGUGUCACGCUGCUCCUUGCGGCCCAUACCCUGGCUGGAUAUCUGUUAGACUUUGUUAUUGGUGCACAUUCAAUAUUUGCCUAGCGCCCAUGCUGCCUUAACUGUGGUGCAUUAUUUGCAUGUGCUUUUGGCAUGGAAGGCAAACAUGUUUUUCGUGUGGAAAAGUGGUAAUAUCCAUAUGCCAAAAUGUAAGGAGGUGUGCCAGAUCUGUUUCGAGCACGGUGCUUUGUGGGUAGCCUUAUUUCCCGUGUGGUGUCGUAUUAUCUCACUCUAGUGCUGUAUGGUCUCAUGAAAUCUCGCGACUUUGUCUUCAGUUCUCUUGAGCACAGUACACUGUCAGCAAUGG